GUUGUUUCAGCGCUACGCGCAGCGCUAUGCAGACUUUCGGGAGCGGAUCUUGUAUCUGGAUAUGGACCGCUGCCCACGCUACCAGAAAAGGGUGGAAGAAAGCCGCGCGCAGCAUGCCAUAUCUGGAGGCAACAACACCUAUAGGAUUGAGCAUGCGCAGCGCCACUGUCUCUGGGAAUUGCUGCAGCAAGAAAGACCGGACCUAUCGGACGAGGCGUUGAUGAUUUUUACCGACCUGGAUGAAAUCCCCAACGCUGAAGUCAUGCUGGCUCUGAAGAGCUGCCAACCCUCUGAUCGCAA